AUGAAUCCCAUUCAUGCUCUCGUCCGUCGGGCGGAGGAUGGAGCUCUUCCGUCUUGCGAGACGGGCAAUGAGUACGAUGGCCGUAUGGGACUACGCAUCUCCUCCAUCUUCGUGAUCCUCGUCGGAUCUACCUUCGGCGCCUUGUUCCCCGUCUUCGCCAGCAGCCUUCAGAACUCUAAGGUCCCCGGGUGGGCUUUCUUCAUCGCCAAGUACUUUGGCUCUGGUGUUAUCAUCGCCACCGCAUUCAUCCAUCUAUUGGCUCCUGCAGAAGAGGCUCUUCGAAAUGAAUGUCUCACUGGCCCGAUUACCGAGUAUUCUUGGGCCGAAGGAAUCAUUCUUAUGACAGUCGUAGUCCUAUUCUUUGUCGAGUUGAUGGUCAUGCGAUUCUCACGUUUUGGUCAGAGCCAUGCUCAUGCCCAUGAUUCGCCAGCACAUAGUCAUGAUAGUGAUACCGAUCACACGGUACGAGCAGGGGAAAUCAAGGGUCACAUUCCCGGGCAAGACCACCUUGGCCAUUCUCGAGAACAUCGCGAUCUUGAGCUAGCUGACAAGAACUCCUCUCUUGAGGAGUACAUGGCUCAACUUACCUCCAUAUUCAUUCUGGAGUUUGGAAUCAUUUUCCACUCGGUCUUCAUCGGUCUCACCCUCGCUGUGUCCGGAGAGGAGUUUACAACCCUCUACAUUGUCCUGGUCUUCCACCAAACCUUCGAAGGACUGGGUCUGGGAUCUCGGUUAGCCACCAUCCCUUGGCCUCGCUCCAAGCGCUGGACCCCAUACCUUCUUGGACUGGGCUUCGGAAUCUCAACACCCAUUGCCAUCGCGAUUGGCCUGGGCGUACGCAAGUCAUACCCACCGGAGGGUUUCACAACACUCAUUGUCAAUGGAGUCUUCGAUUCCAUUUCCGCCGGCAUUCUCAUCUACACUGCGCUUGUGGAACUCAUGGCUCAUGAGUUCAUGUUCAGCACGUCGAUGCGCAAGGCCCCGAUCAAGGAUGUGCUCGCGGCUUUCGGUCUUUUAUGCCUAGGUGCCCUGCUGAUGGCACUGCUCGGCAAAUGGGCUUGA